AUGGAUUCUCAGAGUGGAAGUGAUCAUAUUGGUAGUAGUUCUGUUCCAUCUUCUGAAUCUGAAGAAGCUCCAUUGUGGAAAUAUGUUACAAAGUUAGAGAAACAAGGAGCAAAAGGAGGAACUUGGAAAUUCAAGUGCAAUAUCUGUAAUGAAAUUCGUCAAGGCUCAUAUUACAGAGUUAAAGCACAUUUACUUGGAUUGUCGGGUCAUGGAAUUUCUGUGUGUAAGAAAGCAACAAGGAUUGAAAAACUUGAAAUGCAGAGAUUGGAAGAUGAGUUUGAGAAAAAGAAAGCUGAGUCUGGAUCUAAAGAAGUCCCUUUACCUUGUGAGAACGAUGGUGCUAGCUUUCAGAAAAGAAAGUCUUGCUUAUCACCUAUUGUUGCUGCAUAUGGUAUUCAAGCUAGAGACCAAUUGGAUCAAGAGAUUGGAAGAAUGUUUUUUACAGGAUGCUUGCCAUUCAAUCUUGCUAAAAACCCGCAUUACCACAGGGCAUUUCAGUUUGCUGCUGCCAGCAAAAUUGAUGGUUAUGUUCCUCCUGGUUAUAAUAAGCUGAGAACCACUUUAUUGCAGAAAGAAAAAGAGAAUGUGGAGAAGUUAUUAGUACCAUUGAAAGGAACAUGGAAAGAAAGAGGGGUGACGAUUGUGAGUGAUGGUUGGAGCGAUCCUACACGAAAACCUCUAAUCAAUUUCAUAGCUACUUCUGGAAGUGGUUCUCUGUUUUUGAAGGCUGUGAAUUGUUUCGGCGAAGUCAAAGAUAAAUACUUCAUUUCUGAGUUGAUGCAAGAAGUUAUAAAUGAAGUGGGUCAUCAGAAUGUUGUGCAAAUUAUCACAGAUAAUGCACCAAACUGUAAGGCGGCUGGAGAGCAUAUUGAGAGUUUGUUUCCUCACAUAUAUUGGACACCAUGUGUCGUGCAUACACUUAAUCUGGCCUUGAAGAACAUUUGUGCAGCAAAGAGUACAGAAGGGAAUGCAGCAACCUAUGAGGAGUGUAACUGGAUUACUGUAGUUCAUGGGGAUGCACUUGCUAUUAAAAAUUUCAUUAUGAACCAUAGCAUGAGACUAUCAAUUUUCAGUAAGUUCUCUCCUCUUAGGUUGCUUUCUGUUGCUGAUACUCGUUUUGCGUCAAUUAUAGUGAUGCUUAAAAGAAUGAAACUGAUCAAGACCGGUCUUCAAGCCAUGGUUAUCAGUGCGGAGUGGUCUUCUUAUAGAGAGGAUGAUAUUGGAAAAGCAGCCUUGGUUAAAGAGUUGAUCGUGAAAGAUGAUUGGUGGGAUAAAGUGACUUAUAUUCUUGAUUUCACUAGACCUAUAUAUGAUAUGAUUAGGUUUUGUGACACUGACAAGCCAUGCCUUCACUUAGUAUAUGAGAUGUGGGAUUCUAUGAUUGAGAAGGUGAAACUUGAGAUCUACAAAAGAGAAGCUCGACUAAUGACAGAAUUUAGUCUCUUCUAUGAUAUGUCAUUUAUUAAAUCUCAGUGGCUCGUUGGAAAAAGAAUAACACACCUCUACAUUGUCUAG